UAUGGUUGCAGGGCGGGAAGCGCCGCGACGUGAGACGUCGCAACAGCGGGUGCGCGACGUUGUGCGCUGAAAUCUGAGUAUCGCGAAACGACGUUAUAGAAAAAAAUGGGUGAUACCGUUCGUAAAUUUGUACGUCUUUGACGAAUCGAAACUCCAAAACUCUACGGGUUAAAUUGUCAAAACUAUGUUGAAUUGAAAGUAUAGCGCGGUGAAGACUCAUUCUCGUAGAACUUCACCAAAGUAGCUAGCCUUCAGUUCUCACAUUUUCGGCUAAGAUGGUUUCUCUUGUGAAAAUAACAUUUUUCACUGCUUUCUGUGCUAUUUUUGCGAACACGGCCGCCUCGCGUGUCUUAGAGCUAAGCGACAGAUUCCUGGACAUACACAAAGAGGGCCAAUGGCUUGUAAUGAUGUACGCUCCUUGGUGUGCUCACUGCAAGAGGCUCGAGCCUGUCUGGGCGCACGUAGCACAGCAUCUGCAUGAAACGUCGAUUCGCGUCGGUCGUGUCGACUGUACAAGAUUUACAAACGUCGCUCAUUCUUUUAAAAUCCGAGGGUUUCCUACUAUUUUAUUUUUAAAGGGAGACAACGAAUUUGUGUAUCACGGCGACAGGACAAGAGAUGAAAUAGUAAAAUUUGCUCAGAGAUUGAGUGGUCCUCCCGUGCAGGAGAUAACAAAGUCUCAGAGCUUUGAUACAAUAAAACGAGAUCGUGACGUAUACUUCUUGUACGUCGGUGAAAAGUCCGGUUCUCUAUGGGAAGUUUAUCGAAGAGCAGCUGACGUGUUCCAGCCUCAUGCAUUUUUCUAUCAGUCUCAUCCACAUGUCGUAGGUGAACACGCGCCAGUUCAAAAGGCUCCUGCAUUGUUCGUCUAUAAGGAGAAUUGUCAUUAUAAUUUUACAGGUCAUGACGAAUUAGAUUUUGAAAAACUAAAUAGCACUUUACACGAGUGGGUAAAUGCUGAGCGUUUUCCGACAUUCCCAAAAAUAACGCGUGGCAACAUAAACCAAAUAUUUUUAACGAACAAGAAUCUCGUCUUAGCGGUCGUUGAGGAAAAUCAGUUGGAAGAAGUGUCGCCUGAUAUGCUUGAAUUUCGUGACAUGGUCGAGGAGGUGAUAAAGAAGAAGCGUGAAAAAUAUCACGAUGACUUCCAAUUUGGCUGGAUUGCCAAUCCUGAAUUGGUGAACAGUAUGGCAAUGAUGGUGGUACCACUGCCAAGUUUAAUAGUCAUUAACACGACCACGAGUCAUCAUCACAUUCCAGAAGAUGAGCCAGGAAAGUUGACUCCUCACGCAAUAGAAAUGUUCCUAGAGCAGAUUCGCAAUGAAAGCGCACCGAAAUUUGGUGGCAAUGGUUGGCUAGUACGCAUUUACAGAUCAUGGUUUGAGAUGAGAACAACAUUCUCAGCCAUGUGGAAAGGCAAUCCUAUUUUAACGAUGGUUCUAUUCGGUCUACCGGCUGGUUUUCUGUCUUUGAUCUGCUACGGGAUUUGUUGUCCGGAUAUUUUGGACGCAGAUGAGGAAGAGGAAGAAUAUUCAGCCGGAAGUCACAUGAAGAAAGACUAAAAAGAGCUAUGCUUAGACGUAAGUACGUUAUAAACAGUCCACGACGAUAUAAAAUAAAUGAAUGAAUAUUA